AUGGAACAAAUAUUUAUCGACGAUUUUAUUAAAUUACGAGAAAAAUUUUCCACCCAACUCCAAUCUCUUCUAAAUCUACAACAACAACAACGACAACAACAACAACAACAACAACAACAACAACAACAACAACAACAACAACAACAAAUUCUCUCCAACGCCACCAAAAUGAAGAAGGGUUCCAAAAGAUCAGCUGAAGAAGCUUAUAAAUUACUAUCAGCACCAGCAAAGGAACCAGUAAUUCUUUUUUUCGACACAGAAACAACUGGACUGGCAACCUCAACCACCUCCCAAAUCAUUGAAUUAUCACUGAUUAAUAUAAAAGAUGGAGACUCUUUUUACAGAAAAGUCAAUCCAACCAUACCUAUUGAAGAUGGUGCUACAAAAAAACAUGGAAUGACAAAUCAAUCACUGGCUGGCCAUCCAUAUUGGGAGGACGUUGAACCUGAAUUGAUACAAUUUUUGGACAAGUACUGUGUUGGUGACACACCUGUGGAGAUCAUCAUUGUUGCUCACAAUGAAAAAUUCGAUCGUCAUAUCCUUGCCACACGUAUCGUCAAAAAUAUGGUCACAACCCUACCAACGCUCCCUGAAAUCAAAUUUGUAGACUCUAUCAACAUAUUUAAGCAUAUGGCCAGAAAAGGUUUUAUCCAAACGCCCGCCGCAUUCGGGAUUGACGAUCUUAAUCUUUUCUUCAAACCCCCAACCAUUACCAGUGUCGGUGAUCAAAAUAGGAGACACACCAGUUGUCGCGACGUUUUAGAGAUGUUCAACCUCUUGUCUCACGUUACCAUCACAAGCAAAUUGGAUGUCCCAGUUCCCGCUGAAACCAAAUCGAUUUACGAAUUCCUCUCUAUGUACAUCCACAGUCAAAAUAUAAAACAACACUUGUUUAGUGAAACCCUCACAAAGAAACUUGGAACGGAUGCAGAUGACACGGAAGAGACAAAGACAGCCAAACAAAGUGCAAACUACCCAACGGUACAGGCCUGUACAAAAGAUGUAUUGUUGUUGGUAGCAAAGGAAUAUAUCGAUUUUGGUCUUGGAAAAAUCAUAACCAGCUCUUCAAAAGACAAAGUAGUUCUUCAAAUCAUACAAUAUAUUGAUGAUAAAGAUUCCCAAAAAGGAAAAGAACUACUUGAGAAUAAAUAA